AUGGAUUCUCAACUUCCAGGCCCCGGGGCAGGCAGGAAGCCUUUCCCAACCCUCCGCCGACCGUCCUCUAUCUCCAAAUCCGCGACUCCCCCCACUCCACCCGAACGACCUACCCCACAACGUACCGUCGAGGAGAAAUUCUUUAUCUCGACCUCCUAUUCCACCAUCGCUGCCAGAGCUCUGUCUUUCCAAGGACAAGUUCUCAAUGGCGUCACUCCGCUUCAACUGGCCCAAAACGGCUUUCACUACAAACCAUACCCAAGAUUCGGUGGUCUGGCCUGCUGCUUUGCUUGUCAAUCCUUCAAACGCCUGGACAGCUUCCAAAGUGCACCUUUCCGAGAGACUCAGCAACUACAUGUGGACAACUGCAUAUGGGAGGUUAUCUACAGCGAGAUAAAACAACAUCUCGAACAUACCACCAGUCUCGACAUUUCAACCAACGUAUCCCCUCUGCCUAGACAGUCAACUCCAAGCCACCAUCCUACGGAAUGCGAACCACUCAAGAAAACAACCACCGACGCCAGCACACAGACACCAACCCAAUCGACACCAGCAGCACCCGCUAUAGGAGAGAAUUCUCCGAACACUAACCUCGACUCCUUCACUCAAUCGCCGUCCGCCACAACCGACCUAGAACCACAAAUAGCCCCACCAACCUACUCUCCGCAGCCUCCUCAACCGAUCCCGCCUAACACCUCGCCCCAAAAUCAACACACGACCUAUGCUUCUGUCCUCCGGCAAUCUGUCGCAUCCACGCCAGGAUCGAUUCCUUCAACGCAAAAGUCUAUCACUCUCGCAAAACCCGCGAAAUCCGUACUCACAAUCGAAGAUCUUCACCGCCGUUUUCACAAUAAGCCGUCACCGUUCCAGCUCGAGGAUAAGCCAAAGCAACGUGCGACUAGACGAAUUCGAAUCAAAACCACCUCUGCAACACAGUCACUGUCCAAAUUCUUAGCUUCAGCUUUGCCCGCGUUCUCGCGGUUCUUAACAGAAAUGCAGCCAAAAUCGGACGCUUGCUGUCCGUCUCACCGCAAUUCCACCAUAGCCGCGCCAUAA